UCAUGGUGCUGGAGCAGAGCAGCAGGACGGGUGCAGGGCCGAGGCCGGGACACUCUCACAGGUCAGAGCCCACUCCUCAAAUACUAAAAAUGUUCAAUAACUCCAGCUACCCCUUCAACUGCUUCAACUACGAUGGGGACGGAUACCCCUCCUCCAGCACGGACGAGGAGAAGAAGAUGUGCCGACCUGCGUACAGCUACAUCGCCCUGAUUGCCAUGGCGAUCCAGCAGAGCCCCGAGCAGCGCGUCACUCUGUCUGGGAUCUACGAGUUCAUCAUGAAGAGGUUUCCUUACUACCGCUCCAACCAGAGAGCCUGGCAGAACUCCAUCAGACACAACCUGUCCCUCAACAGCUGCUUCAUCAAGGUUCCUCGCACGGAGGGCAACGAGAAGGGAAAGGGAAACUUCUGGACGUUUGCUACCGGCUGUGAGUCCAUGCUCGACCUGUUUGAAAACGGAAACUUUCGGCGUCGCCGGCGCAGGAGGAACAUGAAGAUCGGCUUCAGAGAAUCAGCAGAAACCUCGUUCCUCCAGCCUCUGGAGAUCCACAGCGAUCAACACUUACCCCCAUCCCAGCGCCCAGAGACCCCCCUCUGCCCUCUGAACCCUGAGAGGCCGAGGCCGGACCCCCUCCUCCCAAAUAACACCCAGAAACCAGAAUCAGAGAUCAAGUUCAGCAUUGACUACAUCCUGUCCACUCCGGACCCUCCUCUCCUCGGGAUCAGAUCCUCCCACGGGACCCUCCACUCCCCCGUACACCUCCUGGAGCCCCAACCACAUCUGAACCUGCACUUCUGGACUCUGUAGGCCAGGGGCCACAUACAGAGAAAUAUACGAAGGGCUGGGCCACUCUCUAAAGACGAAGUAUAUUGCCUCAUAAGUUCAGUUAGUAAAAUCAAUCAAAUGUAGGUCAGUUAUGCUUAAUGUUUGAAUAUGCUUUAAAAAAAACACAGCUCUCCAGAGGGUUUCAUUUAUUGUGUUAGCAGCUCAUUCCUUAAAACAGAAACCUCAGAUUGCUUAUCAUAAGAGGAAAUAGGAAGAGUUUAUUUCAAGCUUGUUAUGUAAAUCAGUUAUUGGGCUUUUUUUUAUCAACUAACAUUUGUUUUCAGCUUUAACUGAUUGAAUGCAUUUGAAGUGGGCUUCGUAACAUAUGAAUACUACUGUGUAAUAUGUGUUUGCAUCUAUGUUUAAGAAAUACAAGACAAGCACAAGUUUCAUUUGUGGGCCAUGUUUCAUUAUACUUUUUGAAUUAGCUGAGGGCCGAUUCAAAAUGGCUCCCGGGUCGUAGUUUGGACACCCCUGCUGUAGGUGAAGCAGAGACUAAUCUCAUUCCUCCUUUAUGUCCACAACUGGGAGGUAUCACAAGGACAUCCAAAGAGAGGAGGAACCCUACGAGAGGACUCUAAAACUGACUUGGAGGAACAUUUAUAGGUACAGUAAGUGGGAUGGAGAGGAACCUAACCCUAACCCUACAUCCAGGAGAUAAAAUGUGAAGGAUGAAGCGUUCAUGUUGUCAUUAUACUGUGUGUGCAGUGCUGACAUAGACUACUAGGUUAUUCUCUAUAAACAGUAUGCUGUGUUGGAAUGUUGUAAAAAUGAUUGGAUUAUUUAGAGUCAGAUGAUCACAAGUUGAGAUGGGUUUUUCUUCAUAAAAUAAGUAUUUAUUCUGA